AUGGCUAAGGACGCAACAGGAACUUGGAAAGUCGUAGUUGCUACAGCAGCAUUGGCUGUUGCAACUACAAAACUUGCAGAAAUUGGAUGGAAGAAGUAUCAAUUACAAAAUGGUAAGAAGAUUAGCGGCAAGAAAAUAAUUACAGGUAAAGCUGCUUAUGAUGAUAGUUUAUUCCGCGAACAACUUGCUAGAAACUAUGCUUUCCUUGGUGAAGAAGGAAUGGAAAAAGUUAAAAAUCAAUACGUUGUCGUCGUAGGUGCAGGUGGUGUCGGUUCUUGGGUUGUUACCAUGCUAUUACGUUCAGGGGUUCGUAAGAUUAGAAUCAUCGAUUUUGAUCAAGUCUCAUUAAGUUCUCUUAACAGACAUAGUUGUGCUACUUUGAAAGAUGUCGGUACACCAAAAGUAACAUGUUUGAAGAAUCAUAUGUUAGAUGUCGCACCAUGGUGUGAAAUUGAUGCUAUUAAUGAAUUAUGGGAAUUGAAGGAUGCCGAAAGAUUAUUAUUUGGUAACGGUAGACCUGAUAUGGUUGUUGAUUGUAUCGAUAAUAUUGAUACAAAAGUGGACCUGUUGGCUUUCUUACAUGAGAAUAAAAUCGAUAUGGUCUCUUCAAUGGGUGCAUCUGCUAAAAGUGACCCUACUCGUAUUAAUGUGGGUGACUUGAGUGUUACAGAAGAGGAUCCCUUGGCUAGAGCCGUAAGAAGAAGAUUAAAACAAAAAGGUAUUGUCACUGGUGUACCAGUUGUAUUCAGUGCAGAAAAACCAGAUCCUCGUAAAGCUAAACUAUUACCAUUACCAGAUAAUGAAUAUGAAAAGGGUCAGGUUGGUGAAUUGAGUGCUUUAAGAGAUUUCCGUGUUAGAAUUUUACCUGUAUUAGGAACCAUGCCUGCAAUUUUUGGUUUAACCAUUGUUACUUACAUUUUGACUAAAGUUUCAGGUUAUCCAAUGAAUCCAAUUGAAGGAAAGAAUAGAAUUAAGGUAUAUGAUGGUAUCUUACAAUCCUUGGCAGGUCAAAUGUCACGUAUUGGUGAGAAAGACCAACGUGUUCCAAUUGCUUUAUCCGAUAUAGGUUAUAUUGUCGUAGAGGUCUUUAGAGGGAAAUCCCCUGUGAGUGGUUACUCUACAAGACUUGCAUUAACCAAGUGGGAUCCAAAGAAGCCAGUAAGUUUACAAAAUGUAGUGCUUGUCACUCAAGAAGAACAGAAAGAACAUGAGAAGCGUGUGUUGAGUGGCGGUGAAAGAAUGGAGGAUGUUUAUUCUCCUGAAGUACUGGCUCUAAUCAAUAAGAGAUUCGGUGAAGAAGAAUAUUACUCUCAAUUUAGAUAA